UACUAGACGGACUCUCCCUUCUCUCUCAUUUCCAUUCGCAUCUCCCGCAAAUAAAGCAAAACCCCAAAACCAACCCAAUAUAGCAAACAAGGAAAAAAAAAAAAAAAAAAAAAGAGGCAAAAGGAUCUGUUAUUUUGCUUUUAUCUAUGCAGUAAGUAUUAUUGCUUGAUUGAGGAUUGUGUCUGUCUUGUAUCCGAGUCUUAACACAUGGGUUUUAAUUUAUUUAUGGUUUUUUAUGAGGUUAAUGGACAAGUGAAAUGAAAUGAAAAAGGCUUUAAUCAAAAAUCCCACACACAAACACAAAACACACUCUCAAUUCCCAAGGCAAACGCUCAAACUUCCUCCUUUUCCCUUUACGGUCCUUCUAGGGUUUUGAAUUCGAAGGCAUUUGAUUUUACACACACCGAAAAAAAAAAAAAAGAGAGAGAGAAAUUCUACAACCGAGAAGAAGAAGAAGAGGAAGAAGAACCAAAAAAAAGAAAAAAAAAAAAGAAUCAAACGACCUUCGUUCUGGAGAAGCUCACCGCAGCACCAAGCUCUGUCAUCAAUGUCGUAGUUUGGUUUCCUUUUUCGGAGGUCCUUUUUCUAUUAUUUGUCAUUUUUUUAAUUUUUCAUUUUCGAGUUCGAUGAUGGCGAUGGAGAUCGGAGUGGAGUGAAGAAAGAUCUUAUGCUUCUGAUUAGUUUUGAUGAAGAAAGAAUAAUACUAAUAAUCGCACUCGGCGAAGAUCAAAUCAAAGCCCUUUGGCCUUUGCUUGCUCUAAUGGUGUUAAUAUUUAUAAUUAAAUUGUUUGAUUCUGUUUUGGGAAGUUGAAAGAAAGGAGGAGGACGAUAAAUAUCGCCACUCUCCAACAUGCAUUUCGCCAAGCUCGAUGACUCUCCCAUGUUCCGCAAGCAGAUGCAAUGCUUGGAGGAAAGCGCCGAAUCGUUGAGGGAAAGAAGUUUGAAAUUUUACAAAGGAUGCCGAAAGUACACUGAAGGACUUGGGGAGGGAUAUGAUGGGGACAUAGCAUUUGCAAGUGCUCUAGAAGCUUUUGGUGGAGGGCAUAAUGAUCCUAUUAGCGUGGCUUUUGGAGGUCCGGUUAUGACGAAAUUUACUAUUGCGUUGAGAGAAAUUGGAACAUACAAGGAAGUUCUUCGGUCCCAGGUUGAGCAUAUGCUUAAUGACAGAUUACUACAAUUUGUAAAUAUAGAUUUGCAUGAGGUCAAGGAAGCUAGGAAGCGUUUCGAUAAGGCUAGCCUUAUAUAUGACCAGGCCCGUGAAAAAUAUCUCUCACUGAGGAAAAGCACAAGAACUGAUGUAGCCACUGUUUUGGAGGAGGAACUUCAUAAUGCAAGGGCUACAUUUGAGCAAGCUCGUUUUAGUCUGGUGACCGCUCUUUCUAAUGUAGAAGCAAAAAAGAGGUUUGAAUUUCUGGAAGCAGUCAGUGGGACAAUGGAUGCACAUCUGCGCUACUUCAAACAGGGCUACGAGUUAUUGCAUCAAAUGGAGCCAUAUAUUAACCAGGUAUUAACUUAUGCGCAACAAUCGAGAGAAAGGUCCAAUUAUGAGCAGGCGGCUCUUAAUGAGAAGAUGCAAGAGUACAAACGGCAGGUUGAUCGAGAGAGUAGGUGGUCUUCCAACGGCUCUAAUGGAUCUCCUAAUGGAGAUGGUAGACAAGCCAUUGGCAGGAGUUCUCAUAAAAUGAUAGAGGCAGUUAUGCAAUCUGCUGCAAAGGGAAAGGUUCAAACUAUUCGGCAAGGUUAUCUCUCGAAACGUUCCUCAAAUUUGAGGGGUGACUGGAAAAGAAGAUUUUUUGUUCUUGAUAGCCGAGGAAUGCUCUAUUACUAUCGGAAGCAAUGCAGCAAACCAUCUGCAUCUGGAAGUCAACUUUCUGGUCAGAGGAACAGUUCUGAGCUUGGUUCUGGACUGCUAAGUCGAUGGCUUUCUUCUCAUUAUCAUGGUGGAGUUCAUGAUGAGAAAUCUGUUGCUCAUCACACUGUUAACCUGCUAACCUCGACGAUCAAAGUUGAUGCUGAUCAGUCUGAUCUGAGAUUUUGCUUCAGGAUCAUUUCACCAACAAAGAACUACACUUUGCAGGCAGAGAGCGCACUUGAUCAAAUGGACUGGAUUGAAAAGAUUACAGGAGUCAUUGCUUCAUUACUGAGUUCCCAAGCUCCUGAGAGGUGCCUGCCUGCCAGUCCCAUGGGAAGCAGUCAUCAUCGUUCUACCAGUGAGAGUAGUUCAUUUGAAAGUUCUGACUUUGAUCACGCUGCAGUUGAAGAUCUUACAUUGGAAAAGAAUGCUUCACAUCUUGAGCGCCCAUUGAGAAGUUCUCAACAGCAAAGGUCCUGCAUUAAAAGUGAGAAGCCACUCGAUGUCUUACGAAGAGUAAUCGGGAAUGACAAGUGUGCUGACUGUGGUGCCCCUGAGCCAGAUUGGGCAUCAUUAAAUCUUGGUGUUCUUGUUUGCAUUGAAUGCUCUGGUGUUCAUCGUAAUCUUGGUGUACAUAUAUCGAAGGUAAGGUCUCUCACACUGGAUGUUAAGGUGUGGGAGCCCUCUGUUAUAAGUUUGUUUCAGUCUCUGGGUAAUACCUUUGCCAACUCUGUCUGGGAGGAAUUAUUGCAGUCAAGAAGUGCUUUCCAGGUUGAUCUUGUCUCGACAGGCAAACCAAGUCAUGCUGAUUCUAUAUCGGUGAAGGAGAAGUUUAUUCAUGCAAAGUAUGCAGAAAAGCUGUUUGUUCGCAAGCCAAAAGACAGGCAAUAUCCUCAUCUGGUGGCGCAACAGAUUUGGGAGGCCGUUCAUGGUAAUGACAAGAAGGCUGUGUACCGUCACAUUGUGAAUUCUGAACCAGAUGUGAAUGCUGUUUAUAAGCAAGCAUCUUGUGGCUCUUCCUUAACUCUGGCCAAAGUAAUGCUAUUGCAUGAGCAGCCAAGCAUUGAGCACAGUGCUAGCUGCUUGACAGGAGGGGAUUCAUUGGACAGGUCUUCUACUAGCUCCUUAAACUUGGGUUGUUCAAGUGAAGGCCAGACCAUGGAAGAUCUAGACGGAUGCACUCUGCUUCAUCUCGCUUGUGAAACUGCAGACAUUGGCAUGCUUGAACUCCUCCUACAAUAUGGUGCCUAUAUAAAUGCUACUGAUUCCAGAGGUCAAACACCACUCCACCGUUGCGUUCUCAGAGGCAAAUCAGCAUUUAUAAAAUUGCUUCUUGCAAGGGGAGCUGAUCCACGAGCUGUGGAUGGCGUAGGCAAAACUCCAUUUGAGGUUGCAGUAGAGUCGAACUUUGAUGAUGCUGAGGUCCUUUCUCUACUGUCAAACUCCAACGUAUGAGAAACUCCCACAAGGAAUCACUGAAGGGGCCAACUACUCAAAAGCUGGAAGAUAUUGAGAAAAAGAACAGAAAUGUAAGAGAGAAAAAAGAGAAAAAAGAAAAUACAAAGGUAUUGCAUUUGUAUAAUUAUAUUUCAUAAUUUGAGAGCUAUUCUCCCGUUAAAAAAGAUGUCACCAUAAAAUGUUUUGCGGGUUUUAGAGGAGAGUGGUCGGUUGGCUUGCCUGCCCCAUGGGGGCAUCUGUGCAAAAAAAAAAAAAAAAAAAAGGUUCCCCAGAGUUGUAAUUUAUAAUUUAUCAUUAAUUUGGUUCCAUUUAAUCCUCCGACGAGAGUCAGUCAAGUCAAGAGCAUCUCACGUGGCGCUUAGCCAAAGAGGGCUGGUUGAUAUGUUUUGCUAUAAUGUUUAUUCAGUUUGUCUGCUUCCUUUUAUGGUGAAGCUGUGAGGAUCUAGUUUUUAGGUCAUUGUGUAUUUUGUACAUUAUUUUCUUUCUAGUGGAGCUUUGUUGUGGCUGUAACUUUGUUAUAUCCUUCGAAUUUUCUUACCAUUUUUAUGCCAACUUCCAAGCUUUGAUAUCCAGGUGAUGCAUCUUUACAU